UGUUAAACGUCCAUCCUCUCAGGCCAGGGGCACGACAAUAUAUACAUUUUUGGUUUGAUCAGAAACGCAGUUAUAGUCACUGGCCAGUACAGAGAGUUAAGCAAAACAUCAAAUCCAAAUCACAAUCUCCAUCCGUGGCUAAUUUAGGAAAGGGACAAAGCUAGCUAGCCACCGGAUGACAACUGGAGGUGAAACAAUUCAAGUUGUUUCUGUCAAUGACCUAUGUUCUCAAUGCGAUUUGAUAGGAGUGACACCAAAAUCCAAGCUGGCUUCCCAUGACACUUUUUUUUGGUGCUCCAGGAAUUCCUUUGGCUGCAUGCACUAGAGUCGGGAAAGUCCCCGCCUCGGUAUGCAGAACGUCUGUCAUUGCUGUGACUGGAUACGACACCACUACGGCCACUUGAACGCAGAAUUCCUUUCCCUGCUGGACCUGAUAGUGAGUUAUCAACACACUCCUAUACUGUUUAUAAUCUUCUUUUUACAUGUUCAUGUGGAGUUUGAGGUCAAAGUCAGAUUCCUGAACGAGACCAUCUAUCAAAUCACAAAACUGUUUGAUGGGAAUCAUAAUAUUAAGGGUGGCACCCGGGACAAGAAAAAUCUGGACGAUUUCCUGAACAUUCUAGAACGCCAAUUUGAGAACCUUAAUUUCUGUGUAUCACCUGCCAAGAAACCUGAGAGGAGACUGAAACACUACUUCAAGAAGUUGAUUUUUUUUUUUAACUACAGUCCACAGUCUUGGGAGCUCAUUAGGAAAGAGACGAAACGUCAUCUGCAACGAUUGGACAUGAUAAUUGGACAGUUUCGCACAGUUUUACGAGGUUAG